AUUAAAUUAAAAAUAAAUGCAAUUUAGUGAAUUGAAUAGCAAUUUGGUAUGAAAAAUACAAUUUAGUAAAAGAACACCGUUUAGUCAAUUGAAUAGCAAUUUGGUGUAAAUGAAUACAAUUUAGUAAAAAAAUACAAUUUCUGUAUGUAAUUUGCCAGUAACUGACCAGGGUACGGAGAGAGCUUCUCACCCCACCUCACAUACCAAACAAAGCAAUUCAAACUAAACUUAUGUACUACAUGCUUAUACAUAUUUGUUAGUAUUUCCUGUAAGUUUCCUCCCACUUUCAAUUCUUAAAUUCUGCGUCACUGUACUUCAUGGUUCAUGCUUCACCUGUUGCUAGGGGGUCUUCAGUCUUCUUUUGGUGGUCUUUGGAUGAAGGCUUACACUCAUCCUUGUCCUCUGGAUCACCUCACAGGUUGUGAGUGUGUGCUAAGCAUUGUGUGAUGUAAGCAAACAUUAUGUUCCAAUAAUUAGCCUUGUGUUUCAUAGUUAAAACCAUCAUUUCAAACCUUAUGCUUGAAGUCGUUCCAGCUUUGUCCAUCUCAAGGUUGAUUCUGUCUUGAGACAUUCCUUAUCUUAAAACUACAUCCAGUAUCCUAUUUGUAACAUCUGCAAAGGGCUCCAUCUGCCUUGUAACACCAAUUCCCAUUAUUGCUUUAUAAUAACAACUUUUCAAAUAGUUACAAUUGAGUUAGCACGAAUCAUCUCCAUUUCUCCCACCAGCAACAAGAGGGGACAGACCCUGUCAUCCAUUUGGGCUGAUUGUCCCCGCAGCACCGCCUGUGACCUGUGGCCACCGAAGGCUUUCCUGGAUGGCCACAGCAAUGAUCAGUGGCCGAGCUCACCCCUGGCCCGGUGGGGUGGCUCAUCUUUCCCUGCCCACAGGUUUCAUUUCCUUGGCUGACAGGAGCCGGAGACUCCCGGCCGCCAGUGGCACAAUGGUGGAUCCUGUUCCCCAUCAAUCAUUCAUGGCCUCGCGGCUGGAAGGGAUUUCUUGGGGCUGCUGGAGUGGGAAGGGAGGAGGGAUUUUCCAACCUUGGUGAUGUUAUAUAGGUGCUGACAGCACCAGGGAAGGUUAGAGGUACCUGGGUUGGCCGCUAUCCCCACAGGGGACAAACACUGCUGUGUCCCCGCUCCUGGUGUCUCCAUGGGUGUCUUGAGCUGCAUGAAGUACCUGAUGUUCAUCUUCAAUGUGCUGGUGUUUGCUGGGGGGACAUGCCUGACAGGCAUGGGAGUGUGGGUGGCCACGGACCCGGCUGGUUUCCAGGACAUCGUGGCUGCCAGGGCCGUGCUGAGCGCGGGUGCGUGGCUGCUGCUGGCCGUGGGCAUUGCCCUGUCCCUGCUCGGCUUCCUGGGCUGCUGCGGGGCCCUGCGCCGGAGCCGCCCGCUCCUGCUGCUGUUCUUCAUCCUUGUCAGCCUCGUCUUCCUCGCACAGCUUGUUGGGGCCAUUCUCUUCCUGGUGCACUGGAAACAGGUACUCACACCAUCCCCAGCGUCAGCAGCCUUCCUCUGCCACACCAUGGCCAUGGCUCAGAGCCCACCGGGCGACCAGGGCUGGUCUAGGGACACCCUUCCCCUCACUUCUGUCACCAGCACAACACACACCUCAAAGCAGGUGGGGGGGAUCCAGUGGGUGCCCAACUCCCCUCAGCAGGAGCUGCUGCUGAGCAGGGUGGGAGAGGAACAUUCCCAGCCCUGGCAUCAAUUCCACAGGUGCAGCCCGAGCACUUCCUGUCCGAGCUACAGAAGAACUACGGUGGGGAUGAGAGUGCUGAGGUCUUCUCCACAGCCUGGAACACCCUCAUGGUCACGGUGAGCACCCGGGAGGCUCCUGGGGGACACACAGGAUCCACCAAGGGUGACCACGGUGAUGGUGUUUCCCUUCUGUUCCAGUUCUCGUGUUGUGGUGUUUUAGGACCCAAAGACUUUGGGAAUGGCUCCCGCUUCCAGGAGCUGCACCCAGGGAUGCCGUGGCCACAGGCGUGCUGUGCCCGGGAUGGGUUUCUGCUGGCAGGAGAGCUCCUAGGCUGGGAGCAGUGCCAGGACAGAAGCCCUGGCUACAUCCAUGAGCAGGUAUGGCACAAGCCUGCUGUGUCUGUGUCCCUGUCCCAGCCUCAGCCCUUCCCAGGCUCACAGGGCAGAGCACAAGGGACAGAAGCCUGAGCCAUUGCCUGUCUGUGCUUCCACAGUCCAGUGGCUCCCAGAG